AUGGCUUGGGACAAUGAAUACGAUGUCGUGGUCGUGGGCUCUGGUAUUGGUGGCAUGGGAGCAGCCCUUACAGCCGCAAAAGAGGGCGCAAAAGUGAUUGUACUUGAGAAGUUCAACCAACUAGGUGGUGUAACGGCCCUUUCAUCGGGGCAGCUAUGGCCAGGUCCUACUCACAUCUCGGAGGAGGCUGGAAUCAAAGACUCACUUGAAGAUGCGAAGUCGUAUAUUGAACAUUUGGGCCAAGGGCACUCCACGCCGGAGAUGCGCGACCAGUAUUUUGAGCGGAGUCGGGAGUGCAUUCGAUACUUCACCGACAAGAUUGGUCUCGAGCUCGAGGUUGUUAGAGAUUUGCCAGACUACUACUAUCCCGCCGUGAAGGGAUCCGCGGUCGAAGGACGGUACCUGGAAAUUAAGCCGUUUCCCAGCGAGAAGCUGGGUGAGUGGAAGGACAAGGUGAUGACGUCGCCAUUCGGAUUCUACUAUAGCUACUCGACCUCGGGUGAGUUCAUCAAAGCCCAGAUUCGGAAUGGAGAGAGUAUGGGGGCAUGCAUUCAACGCCAUGUUGCCAAAGAUGAACGAUGUGCGGGUUCGGGAUUAGCCUCCGCACAGGUGUAUCAAGCGUUGAAGUUGGGUAUUGACCUCCAUACGGAUACGGAAGUCACUGAGUUGGUGAUCGAAGACGGAGUUGUGACUGGCGUCGUUGCUCGUCUUCCGGGCUGCGAUCAUCGAAUCCGGGCACGCUUAGGAGUGGUAUUGGCUACAGGAGGCUAUGACUGGCGAAAAGACUUCGUCAAGAGCUUUGACGCUCUUCCAGAAGCAGGAAACAUGACCAUGCCAACAAUCACUGGUGAUCACAUCGUUAUGGCUUCCAAGGCCGGAGUCCUCCCCAUGCCAAGUCGAACUCCCACGCAAUCACCGAUCUUCAUUGGCUAUAAGGUGCCGAGCGAGAUCAUAUAUGGACGACAAGCUAGUCGUCUACACACUCCUGGGUACCCUCACACGAUCGUCGUAAAUAAAAAGGGACUCAGAUUUGGAAAUGACUCUUUUUACCCCGAUAUUGCGACCAAAGUGAGCCGUUUCGAUGGACAAGAGCAAGGAACGCCAAAUUGGCCAGCGUGGAUCGUUUUCGACCAAGAUUUCGUUGACGAUCACAACCUUCUUCCUGGAUUCCCUGGUCAACCAGUGCCUGAAGGCGUUGCGACCAAGACCGAUACCUUGCGCGAAUUAGCUGAGGCUACCGGCAUUGAUACAGAAGGACUUGAAGCAACCGUGAACCGAUGGAAUGGAUUCUGUAAGACAGGCAAGGAUCCAGAUUUUGCCAGAGGAGAGGUGCCAUGGGGCCACAUCAUGACCGGAGACUUCAAGAGGAAGUAUCCUAGUUUUGGAGAGAUCGAGAAAGGUCCUUUCUACGCUGUCCCACUUGAGCGUGUCACGAUGGGAGUACCCACGGCAGGCUUACCAAUUGACACCAAUGGCAAUGUCAUUGAUGCGGCGGGUAAAACAGUUCCAGGCCUCUAUGCAACUGGAAACUCUGCGGCAUGGCGGGAUUGGGGAGGGGGGUACAACAGCGGUAUUGCCAUGAACCGGGGCUUGCUUUAUGGCCACCUAGGUGCGUUGCAUAUGAUCAAGACCAGAUCUGGGAAGGCUGUACCGAAUGGGAAACCGAAUGGGAAGUGA